AUGGGCGAAUCAAACGGAACAAAAGAAUCGCAAAGCUCCUUCCCUCCCGGAACGGUUGCGAAACUGACUUGUGAUAUCUUGAACGAUACGUUUUACAAUAUUAUCCACGACAUCGUCGCCAAAGUCCAUCGAGAUGAAAAGGUUGCCCGGAUGCGUUCCGCGGUGGUGAUUGCGAGACAGAAAGCCGAAGAGGAGGCCUCUAGACGUCGCGAAGAAACCGGAGGAAAACCGCCUGGCUUGAUUAAGCCCGGUGAUCCCGACUCCGAAGAAUUUAAGGAUAUUCAUGUCGAGACCGACGGGGCUGUGUUCGAGGACGGCAAGGUUUAUCUUAAGGGCAACCCGCUCCAAACAACCAAAGAGAUUAUCUGCCCAGACUGCCGAUUACCCCGUCUAUUGUACCCCGUGACUGGGGCUGGCGCUCGUCCUCCCCCCGAUCCGUAUCGGGAAUACUGCCAGAAACAGCCGAUGAUUUCCAAACCAGGCCACGAUGUGCAUGGCAACCCAUUUGCGACUGACAAACUGAACCCGAAGAAGAAGAAACAAACUAAUGCCUCUAAUACACCGGCGUCAAGUCCACCUACUACCCCCGAUAGCUCCUUUAAACAGGCAGCCCCAGAGAAAGUGUCCUUUCCAACGGUCAAGUGUCCUAAUUGUCCUCGAUAUUUUGUCGUGACACGUGUCGCGCAGCAUUUAGAUCGAUGCCUGGGCCUUUCUGGCAGACAAGUGAAUCGGAACAAGACACCACAGGAGAAUGGAAGUAGCACACCGAGCUCCGCCGCUCCCAAACGUCCAUUAGGAGACGAAGACACUCCGGCCGCGCCGACGAAGAAGAAAAAGCUGAGCGCCCCCAAGAAGCUAUCCGGAAAGAAACCACCACCUGCGAGUAGUAAAUUGAAGAAUGGCUUGACGCCUGAUAUGGCUUUGGCCGCCGAUGCCGCAGCAUCUGUGGAGGGUGAUAUUAAGAGCGAAGCGAAUGGCGAUCCCGCAUAG